UCAUUUAACAUAAAAUGUCAUUGGAGGCAAAUAGGUUUCUGCUUCGCUUUCCCGCGCGACGACAGUGCCCAAUUGCAGGCUUCAAACCCAGCACACUUCCGUGAAGACUCUUGGAGGAAGGUUGUCCGGCCCCUCGCAAUACCUCUCGGCAGCACCGCCUUGAGUAAUUCCGCCCUAGCCGUUAGUUCUCGUGUUGCCUUCGUUCGUGGAUGGUUUGCCAUUGUGGUGUUUGAAACGGUAACGGCGCUUCUUUACCUCUCAAUUGGAGCCGAGGGGAUGGAGGCGGCGGCGGCGUGGGUGCUGGCGACGGCGUGGGCGGCGGGCAAAGCGCUGCUGCGUUUGGCGGACGGCGUGCUGGCGGCGGUGGUCGGGGCGUCCGUCCUCGAGUUGCUGGCGGUGCCUGCGCUGACGCUGGCCUCCGUCGUGGUGGUGGCCGAGGCGCUGGCGGUGUUGACGACGGUGGUGGUGACCCUGGGCGCGCUGGCGGGGACGGCGGUGCUGGUGUUGGCGGUGAUCGCGUCCAUGAGCACGGCCAUGAGCGUGGGGUUGGUGUUAUUUUCCCCGCACCGAGCAUUCUUUAAGAAAGAGGUAGAGUUGCAGUCUUAUUCCUCCCUUCCUGCUAAUAUGGAACGCUGUUCUCGUGACCGAACAACUCGUCAGGGUCACAUGGUCCUCUGCAACCACCCUAUGCAUUGUUCACCACUAGAUGGCAUUGCUGUGAACCAUAGUCUCCAUCUUAACGCACAUCAAAUUCAACGGAACAAUGAUCGUAAACCUACAUAA